AUGAACACAUUUUUUUAUCUGAAUCCUGUUUCGAAACCUAUAUUCUGUGGAUCAUUUAAAAGUUACAAUUUAAAGUUGAAUAGAAAUGUUAAUGGAACUAAUAAAAGACCAGAUUUUGUAUGUCACAUAGAUCAACUUCCGAUAUUAAAUUCAGAAGUAAAGCCAAUGGGUUUUACAAAGCUUCAAAGAAGCAAAGAUUACAUUAAGGUUAAUUACAAGGCAAAGAAAACCAUUAAUGGCGAUACAAUAGAAUCUUUUGGAAUGGACCUCGAGUAUGAUGGCAUUUACAGAACAUGGCCUUUUAUGAAAACACAAAUUGUAAUAGACAAGCCAUCGGUUCCACUUUUAGGAUCUACAUUGACACAUUUAAUUGCAUUGGAGGAACAAGUGAAACUUUUGGCUGAAAAUUACAAAAUGCGUUCUAAAUAUUUUACACCAUCAAGAAAGUCAACAUACAUUCGGAAACUUCCAAUUUUUCCCCAAUUAAAAUUGUCGAUAAAGUAA